AACUGGUGUUUGAUUGUCGCUCCCAACCAACAAGAACGUUGACAUGGCGCAGUCGGAAAUUGAACCAUUGUAAUAGUCAUCAUAACAAACGGAUAAAUACAGUGUUUGCAUUCUGUAGUUAAAAAUUGUGCCAGUGGUUUUGUAGACAUUCAAAUUACAAACGUUGGUUAAAAGUUGGUACCAAGAUGGAAGCCGUAUUGCCACCACCGCCGCCAUUUAAUUUUGUUAAUAAUUUGGAAAACGUCACUUCAGGAAACCUUUCUAAGGAAUGGGAGAAGUGGAAGAAUGCGUUUGUGGUUUAUUAUGAGGCGUGCGAGCUGUCGAAAAAAGACAGUAAAGUGCAAAUUAAUAUAUUGCUACAUGUGAUCGGUGAGCAAUGUCGCGAGGUACAUGAUCAAUUCGAUACUAAAGCUACAAGUGUAACGGAUUUGAUAAAAAAAUUUGACUCGUUUUUCUUGCCGCAAAAGAAUAUUACUAUCGAACGACACAAGUUUUUUACCCGUAGUCAGAAGCACGGUGAAUCAAUUGAGCAAUACGCAUUCGAGUUAAAAAGAUUAGCAAGUUCUUGUGAAUUUAAAGAACUGAUGGACGGUUUAAUAAAAGAUCGCCUGAUAUGCGGAAUACAAGAGGAUGCACUCAGGGAACGUUUGUUACGAGAACCGGAUUUGACUCUAAAAAAAUCAUUGGAAAUAUGCAAUUUAGCCCAAAUAUCUAGGUUGCAAGCGGGUGCAAUUAAAAAAGAAUAUAGUGAACAUCAAGCCUACGACAUUACUAUUAGUAAUCAUCAUGAUCAGUUUAUUUUGCAAGACGAAGGUAGUGCGAACAAACAAGUGAACUGGGUAUCAAGACGAGUACCGCGCUCGCGCGGCGCUUCGCGGCACGGCGGCCGCGGAUGGGCGCAGCCCGCCCCGCGCCUCGCGCAGCCGCGUCCCAGCCCCGCCGUUGCUGCCACCGCUCCUGCGCACACCGCCUUCGCGUCGCGAAGCAUGAGACAGCAAAAAGUGCCGUAUAACGGAAAUAAACCUGGAGUGCAGUGUUUUAAGUGCGGGUUUAUUCAUAGUGUUGACAUGCGGUGUCCAGCAUUAGGAAAAAUGUGUUUAAAUUGCAAGAACUUUGAUCAUUUCUCGCGAAUGUGCAACGUUUAUGAUGUGCAAGCUGAGUGGCCCACCGAUCAGGGUGGUGAUCGCGCCUGAUCGGUGGGGAUCGUGGGCUGUAUGAAUUGUUCGGACCUAGAUGUGUACAAACUUAUUUAUAUUCUAAGUAAGUAUUUAGAACAGCUGUUGUUUAAUCACGGCAAAUUACAUAUACACAGGUUAUUUCGGCUCUAUGUUUGUACAAAAAUAAUUAAUUAAUUUUACAAUCUAUUUUUUUUUUAUGAUAUGGAAGUAAGAAUGGUCAUUAUGUAUAAUUAAAAUUGUAUUAGUGAUAGAUAAUAAAUACCUACAAUUU